AUGAUUGAAGAGACAGAUGGAGAUGCAAAUAGGCAUGAGGCAGCGACAACGAUUUACGAGAGUGCUGGGGAGCGUCUCUACCGCUCGGAGGACUACGAUGAAUGCUCACAAAACCUUCUCCGAUACCCGUGGCACCCAUUCAACUCAGCAUACGAGUUUAGAAUGGGACGUUAUUUCAUACUGUCGAAGGCCUCACAAGGAAAUAUCGACAGUUUCUUUCUACACGCUCCGUCAAGCAGUGGCGAAUGCUCCUACCGGACUGGGAGAGGUUUUAUAAAGAGGUUGGAUGAAAUGAAUGACAUAUUGGGAAAGGCGAGCUGGCGUCAUUCGGAGGUGGAUAUUGGGGGAGAGAAAAUCCCUUACUAUUAUCGGCAUCCAAUGAAUACCUUACCGGAGGGGUCGACUGUGGUACCAAUUAUAUGCGCGUCAGAUGGCACACAUUUCACAAAUUUUAGUGGGGACAAGAACGCCUGGCCAAUCUAUCUUACCAUCGGGAACAUCAAGUCAUUGGUCCGGAGCAAGCCCACCGGGCAUUCGUUAAUUCUCCUAGGGCUACUGCCAGUCCCACCUAAGCUCGGGAAGAACUCACUUGCUAAUUCCGCUUUACGACGUCAGAGUCAAAUGGCGCUGCAUCGCGCCCUUGGGGAGAUCUUUCAGAGCAUUCGGGAGUACUCUCAGGAAGGCGAGCUAAUCGCAUGCGCCGACGGGUACGAACGUCUAUGCUUUCCGGUGUUGUCGGGUUGGAUCGCUGAUCAACCUGAGCAUUCAAACUUACAAAAUAUUAGUACUAGCUCUUGUCCAAGAUGCGAGGUGGAAUUCCACAGUCUUGGGAGCACUCCCCGUAGCCCUACGCGCGAUCACGAGGAUUACCGGGAGAGGGUAAAGCUAUUCAGUGAGAACCCAGGAAACCUGGGACCGGUGGAAUACCUUGUCACGAGAUCAGUAAAGACACUCUUCAAUGCUUUCUGGGGUAUGCCGAGGGUUAAUCCAUACGAUCUCAACAAACCGGACAUUCUGCACAAUAUCUACCUAGGGAUGUUGAAGCACAUGAUGGAGUGGGUUCAGGCUUUCUUGAAGAAGCACAAUCGAUUGGAGGAAUUUGAUAAGGCUUGGGCCUCGAUUGCGCCUUACCCUGGACUGGCAGUACCGAACAAUGCAUAUCGUGCCACAACCCAAUGGCAAGGGAAGGAGAUGAGAAAUCUGAGGCGGGUCGUUGUUGGAGCACUCGCGGCUGCUUUGAGAAACCCGGGGGUGGCUGUCAGGGGCGACUUCGCAAAGGCAUUGAAAUGUGUACGAGGCUUAAUCGACUUCCACUUAAUGGCGCAGUAUGGGAAUCAUACGAUGAGCACACUGAAUUAUAUGGAGAGCUAUCUCCAGGAUUUCCAUAAGCACAAGGAUAUCUUUUUAGAAUUCCGGGCCUACAAGAGGACGGUUAACGAACUCGUCCAUGUCCGUCAGAUAAAAGAGGCAUACGGAGCAUCCAACAAGGUCGAUGCUGCAACGCAGAUACUGGACUAUGGGGGGCGGCGGUUGGCGUUAGAGAUUCGAAUGCUGAAUCUGAAAGAUAUUGUUGGAGGUCCUGAGAGCACUGACGACAUCCUUUGGAGCCAUCGAGAUAACCUGAAGGAGUUACUUGAGAUUUUUAAAAUCGAAGACCGGAAAAAAACACCAAAUGAAAGAUCCAUAGUAGAAGGCCGACUGCCUCUAAGGCGUCUUUGUAACCCCUCCACGAAAUCGGAAAUACUUUUCAAUAUUGCGGAUGGACUGCAAAUAAGCCAUACCAUGUUAUAUCGCCUGAUAAAGGAGUAUGCAGAGGAUGCGGAAUGCUCUCAAAGCUUUGCCGGAAGCUCUGAGAGCAUUUUAGAGCGCCGGGUGGAGAUGUUCACAUGUUUGGAGGUUCCGAUACAAAUCUUCCAAAGACCUGAGGUGUACGAGGUUCACAAUAUCAGGUGUACGGGAAACACGGCUUUUAGGAAAGGGAAAAUAAGAAAGGAUUGGGUAUGGGUGUCGGUAGCGUCCUCAGAGGAGUGGGGAGUGUUUCGGGGACGCUUACCAGGACGUGUCGAGGCUUUGUUCGAGCUGCGGGACAGUGGGGGGCGAGCACAUAGACUAUGUAUAGUGGAGCUACUCGAGGCAAAGGAUCGUGGUAUCGCUGAUAGCUCACAUGGGCUCCUGAAGGUUUGUAGGAGGAGGAGGAAGAGGAUGUGGGUCGUUAAUAUUCGGAGUAUGUUGGGAAUGGCCCAUUUGUUUGAGGUGGAGACUGGUAAUUGCAAGCUCGCUCCAGGAGGUCAAUGCCAGUCCAUGUUUGCUGCUUAUGCAUGGAAAUUGAGCUUUUCAGACGAGCCGUACAAUGGCCUCAACCUCAAGGCUAAUUAUGCCUUUCACGAAUCGACAGAAACAUACACGUCCGUCAAAGGUUGGGUAGUCGUCACCAGUAUACAGGACAGUGCUCGUAUCAGUAUCCCGCGACUGACCGUACAGCGGCGUUGA